AUGGAGGAGACGGUGCCCUCGGUGGAAGCCUACGAAGCGGCCAUGGUGCUGAGUGGGGUGGGGGACGCGCUUGGGUACCGGGGGGGGCGCUGGGAGUACUGCACCUCAGGACCCCAGAUCCACGCCGAGCUGGCCGAGCUGGGGGGGCUGGAGGCCAUCACCCUCGAGCCCCCCGAGUGGCCCGUCAGUGAUGACACCGUCCUCCACCUUGCGACCGCCGAAGGCCUGGCCACAGGCCUGGAGGGGGAACCCCUCUUGCAGGAGCUGGCUCGCCGCUACGUGGCUGCCAUGGGUGACAUGGAGGGCCGCAAGCCGGGGCCCACCAGCAUCCUGGGCACCUCGCAGCUGCGGCCUGGGGAGCCCGAGGGCUAUCGCAUUCCCUUCAACCCCACCGGCACUGGCUGUGGGGCCGCCAUGCGUAGCCUGGCCAUCGGCCUCAGGUACCCGCAUGCCUGGGAGCUGCCGACGCUGAUCCGGGUGAGCAUCGAGAGUGGGCGCAUGACCCACCACCACCCCACCGGGUACCUCGGGGCGCUGGCGGUGGCCCUCUUUGGGGCUCUGGGGGCUCGGGGGGAGCCCCCAGAGCGCUGGGGGGCUGAGCUGCUGCGGGUCCUGCCCCUCGCAUGGGACUAUGUGGAGGGUGCCGGGGUGGCCGUGGGGGACAACGCUGCUGCCUGGCCCUUCUUCAAGGAUGCCUGGCAUCGGUACCUGGAAUCCCGGGGCCUUCUGGAGGGUCGUGGCCCACCACAGGUGCCAUCCCUUCCAUCACCGGCUGAGCGGGAUGCGGCAUACCUGGUCUGGGCACUGGAUGGGUGGCCAGGGCGCAGUGGGCAUGACGCACCCAUGGUGGCCCUGGAGGCCCUGCUGGCAGCCGGCGGAAGCUGGGGGGACCUGUGUGCGAGGGGGGUGCUGCAUGGCGGGGACAGCGAUUCAACGGGGACCAUUGCCGCUGGGUGCUGGGGGCUGCGGGGGGGGCUGGCGCCCAUCCCCCCUGGGCUGCACUGCCGCCUUGAGCACCGUGAGCGGCUGCGUGAUGCUGCCCACCGCCUCCACGCGCUGGCCUGGGGGAGAUGCUGA